AUGUCUACUGCUACUGCUGCUCCAUCCAAAACCUACAAGGAGAUGAUCAAGGAAGCUAUCUCCACCUUGAAAGAGAGAAACGGAUCUUCUCGUCAAUCACUUAAGAAGUAUGUUCAAAGCAACUUUCAAUUGAAGGGUGGUAACUUUGACUCCUUGUUCAACUCAGCCUUGAGAAAGGGUGUUGAAGCUGGUGACUUUGUUCAACCAAAAGGACCAUCAGGACCAGUUAAAUUGAAGAAGAAGGAACCAGUUGUCAAAGAAGCCAAGGCCAAGAAGGACAAGGACGGUGCUUCAGCAAAGAAAGCCACCAAGAAAGCAGGAACUAAAGAUGCCAAGGCCACUAAAGCCAAGAAGGAUGCAACCAAAAAGGACACCACCAAGAAAACUACCACUGCCACCAAAGCUAAGAAGGAAGCAGCCGGUAAAGUGACCAAACCAGCAGCAACAAAGAAGAAAGCUGCUGCUUCUGCCACUGGUGCUUCUACUACUAAGAAAGCAGCUCCAGCUAAGAAGGUUGCUAAGAAAUAA